AACUCCAAUGUGACUUUCAGAGACGAAUUUUUCUCUUCCGUCGUCUCGUUCUCUUCUUAAAAAUAUUUAUAAACACAUAUAUUCAUGUUUCAUACAUUUAUAAAUACCAAUGUUAAGUUUUGUCUCGUUCCCCUGUUACAUAUACCUAUGUUUAAGUUUGGCUCCUAACAGCAACUAAUUAAUUAUUCUGUAUGCUAAGUCACCUUCAGUUUAUUACUCAUCAUGCUGAUGCGAUGUUCACGUUACCGAUACCGGCUGCCUCUAUUAUUACGAAAUGUUCGCUACUGUUCUCAGGAAAACAAGCCUUAUUUUAUCACUACACCCAUAUUUUACGUAAAUGCAGCUCCCCAUAUCGGUCACUUGUACACUGCUGUCUUAUCUGAUGCCAUAGCCCGAUGGCACAGGUUUAGGGGGCAUGAAGUAUUAUUUGCCACAGGGACAGAUGAACAUGGCCAAAAGAUUCAGGUAGCAGCUAACAAAGCCAAGAAAUCCCCAGCAGAAUACACAUCAGAAAAUUCUGAACUGUUUAAAGAAGCUUUCAAAGCUGGAAAUGUUGAUUUUGAUGAUUUUAUUCGAACAACAGAAGCUAGACAUAUCUCCGCUGUGGAGCAGUUGUGGAGAACCCUUGACAAGAACGGUUUCCUUUACAAAGCUGUCUACAAGGGCUGGUAUUCAACUCACGAUGAAAUGUUUGUCCCUGAAAACAAUGUUGAAGAAAUCAAGAUUGAGAAUAACAACUCUGUAAAAAUUUGUGUGGACACAGGAAACGAAGUGAGUUGGAUGGAGGAAACGAAUUACAUGUUUGCCCUGUCAAGACUAAAACCAGAACUCACAGAAUUGCUUAACACACAAUUUGUACAACCUGCAGUAUGGCAGCCAUUGGCUCGGAGUUACCUUCACAAUCUGCCUGAUCUUUCUGUUUCACGAAGAAGAGAUAGACUUCCCUGGGGUAUUGCGGUACCAAAUGAUGACACACAGACCAUCUAUGUUUGGCUCGAUGCUCUGGUCAAUUACCUCACUGUAACUGGUUACCCAAAUAUGCAAAACAGUUGGCCACCAAACUGCCAUGUCGUUGGUAAAGAAAUCCUAAAAUUCCAUGCCGUGUUUUGGCCAGCCUUUUUACUUGCUGCAAACAUGAAACUUCCACAUCAAAUCCUGUGCCAUGCUCAUUGGACAGUCGAUGGCCACAAGAUGUCAAAAUCUAAAGGUAACGUGGUCGACCCUAUGCUAUUGAUGUCCAAAUACACUCCAGAUGCACUCCGUUAUUUCUUGCUCAGAGAAGGUGUCCCCCAUUCUGAUAACAAUUUCAAUGAACAGAAAAUGGUAGAAUGCAUCAAUAGUGAGAUUGUCAACACACUGGGAAACCUUUUGAGUAGGUGCACAUCACUCAGUAUCAACCCGAAUCAGAUCUUUCCUGCCUUAAACAAAGCCACACUCAAAGCAUCCUUCUCAUCUGAAGCCCAGCACACUUUUUACCAACUACAAGAACUUGCUGGUAAUGUUGAACUAAACUAUUCAAGAUUUUCCAUCUACAAGACUCUGGAGCAGAUCAGUGCAACCUUACGCUGGGCAAAUGGCCUGAUGGAGGAACACAAACCUUGGCAAUUGGUGAAGCACUGUGACCAGAAAGACCACCUCAACACAUUGCUGCACAUCACCCUGGAAACAUUGCGGGUUUGUGCAUUGUUGCUAUCACCUGUAAUUCCAGAACUUUCUGGUAAACUUCUAAAUAGAUUAGGUGUCCCUCCAGAAAACCAAACUUGGAAUGAUAUUAGAUCCCAGCAACAAACCGAUCAACCUUUAGGGAACGACAGCAGUGUUUUACUGAAACGAAUAAAAUUCCAACAUUAAAAUCUCAAUUCAAAACCAA